CCUGCGCUGCCACUGGUUGAUUAUGUGCGACUGACGCUCGGAAGUGACCCAUGUGUCUGAUCUCUCUGACCGUACUGUAAGUGCCGAUCAUCGGGCUGGUCCCUCCAACUAUCGUAACGCGAUUCAUUCGGCUAUUCAGAGCGUGUGUCAUCCCAUCAUGUCUAAACACACGGACGCUAAAAGCGAGGAGAUUAUGGAGUCUAAGGUGCUCUGGUAUCCGGACUCUAAACGAAACACACAAAUGGACCGAUUCCGGGCGCAGGUCAACCGGGACUUCGGGCUUAAUCUGGCGAAUUAUAAUGACCUGUAUCAGUGGUCGGUGGACGGUUAUCCCGAGUUCUGGGCGCAAGUGUGGAAAUUCUGUGGCAUCACCUGCUCAAAAAUGUACGAGGAGGUGGUUGAUGUGUCUAAAAGGAUAUCAGAUGUGCCUGAAUGGUUUAAAGGUAGCAGACUGAAUUAUGCAGAGAACCUGCUCAAACACAAAGACCAGGACAAAGUGGCUCUCUAUGCCGCAACCGAGGCAAACGAGGAGAUUGUCAAGGUGACUUUUGGAGAGCUGAGGCGUGAUGUCGCUCUCUUUGCUGCGGCCAUGAGGAAGAUGGGCAUCAAAACUGGAGACAGGGUUGUAGGAUAUCUGCCCAAUGGGAUUCAUGCUGUGGAGGCAAUGCUCGCUGCAGCCAGUAUAGGUGCCAUCUGGAGUUCAACCUCUCCCGAUUUUGGUGUGAAUGGGGUGCUAGACAGGUUUUCUCAGAUUCAGCCCAAGCUGAUAUUCUCUGUAGCAGCUGUUGUGUAUAACGGCAAGCAGCACGACCAUAUGGAGAAACUUCACAAUGUUGUUAUAGGUCUCCCCGACCUGAAGAAGGUUGUGGUCAUUCCAUAUGUUCGAUCUCGACAAGAGACGGACCUUUCCAAGAUUCCAAACAGUGUUUUCCUGGAAGACUUCUUGGCCACUGGUAAGGAAGGUGAUCAGGACCCUCAGCUGGAGUUUGAGCAGUUGCCCUUCUCUCAUCCUCUCUUCAUCAUGUACUCCUCUGGCACCACAGGAGCGCCCAAAUGCAUGGUGCACUCCGCUGGGGGCACUCUCAUUCAGCAUCUUAAAGAACACAUUCUCCAUGGCAAUAUGACUAGCAAUGAUGUCAUCAUAUACUACACUACGGCGGGCUGGAUGAUGUGGAACUGGCUGAUGUCCUCUUUGGCUGUCGGGGCGUCCGUGGUUCUAUAUGAUGGUUCUCCUCUCGUUCCCACUGCCAACGUGAUGUGGGACCUGGUAGACCGCCUUGGAAUCACUAUUUUCGGCACUGGAGCGAAAUGGCUGUCUGUGUUAGAGGAAAGAAAUCUGAAUCCAGCAAACACACACAACCUGCAGACCCUUCACACCCUGCUGUCCACAGGAUCCCCUCUCAAGCCUCAGAGCUAUGAGUAUGUGUACCGCUGUAUCAAAAACAAUGUGCUUCUGGGAUCCAUAUCAGGUGGCACAGACAUAAUUUCAUGCUUCAUGGGUCAGAAUACGACGGUACCCGUGUACAGAGGAGAAAUCCAGGCUCGAAACCUCGGCAUGGGCGUGGAGUCCUGGAGCCUUGAAGGCAAGCCUGUUUGGGGUGAAAGUGGAGAGCUGGUGUGUUUGAAGCCCAUCCCAUGCCAGCCCACUCAUUUCUGGAACGAUGAGAACGGCAGCAAAUACCACAAAGCCUAUUUUUCCACCUUUCCAGGAGUCUGGGCUCAUGGUGACUACUGUAAAAUAAAUCCAAAGACCGGAGGAGUUGUCAUGUUGGGACGAAGUGAUGGAACCUUGAAUCCCAAUGGCGUUCGAUUUGGGAGCUCGGAAAUAUAUAAUAUUGUGGAGGCCUUUGAAGAAGUAUCCGACAGCCUUUGUGUCCCUCAGUACAACAGUGAUGGAGAAGAGAGGGUGAUUCUGUUCUUGAAGAUGGGACCUAAUAAAACCUUCAGUCAAGAGUUAGUGGGGAAGAUUCGUAGCGCUAUCAGAGUCGCUCUGUCCGCCCGACACGUGCCAGCAUUGAUACUGGAGACCAAGGACAUCCCGUAUACGAUCAGCGGUAAGAAGGUUGAAGUUGCGGUAAAGCAGGUGAUAGCAGGUAAGGAGGUGACUCAGCGAGGAGCCUUCUCCAACCCCGACUCCUUAGACCUCUACAAGAACUUACCUGAACUCCUGAACUUCUGAAAUGUACAAAAUAUCCGAACUUAAGACCCAGGGUGCAGCAUUUCUGGGGCACCUUUAUAAGGUUCAGAUUAUCAGGACACCCUUUGGAGCAUUGGACCACCUGACUGUCGAGCUUUCAAACAUCUGAGCUCUCUAGAUUUUAUCCACCUGUUGUGAUUUCCAAACUCAACCAAGGAGUGGAACCGCUAGUGUCUGUACAUAUUAUUUUUCCAGAAGUUUGAGAACGGCAUUGAGAUCCCAGAGUACUUGCAUCUCCAAGAGACCAACAAACGUUUUUCCGAACAGACAUCUCAAACUCACAAACAAUAUAUGUACCACUUUUUCUGAAUUGGUUUUAUUCUUUUCCGCCUCAGUGCUAUAUUUUAGCUCCGCUGUUCUGACUCAUUGCACCUUAAACUUCUAAAGUCUUUGUCUGGCUAUUAAAACACUAAUUUGACUCAUCUUUACGAGUCAAAUACACUGAUAUGUUACUGAAUAAUGUCAACAAAAUUUGUUUCCCAAUCCUGACCUCUCUGGAAACGACGGUUAUGUUAUAGGAUUUAACUAUAUGAAGUAUAACCUGUUACAGUAAGUGGUGAAGUCUGCUGUAUUUUUUUUGAGCAUGUCGUAAUGUUUAAAACUAAAAGCAGAACCUAAUAUAGUACACUGACCUAAGCAGUUUACAUAUAGUUUUACAUCUAUAAAGAUACAGCAUGAGCUGCCUGUGUCAUGUGUUAAACAUUUGUCCUUUAACAGAGACAUUAUUUGUUUUCUAAUCUGAUAUUAAAAGAAAAGAAAAUUCUGUCAUCAUUUACUCACCCCCAGAUUGUUCCAAACCUGUACACAUUUCUUUGUUCUGCUU